AUGCUCACCAUCAACAAGCCAGUUCAGUACGGCUACAAGUCGAUCCAUGACCUUCCGACGCCACCAAAUACCUCUCGACCCUCUCCCCCUCUGAUGUACCAGGAGUCUCAGAAACCACUCGCCUUGUUCCCUCGAAGUCGCAGUCCGCCCAGUCAACUCAUGUCUGGCUCUUAUCGUGGCUUGCCACCUCCGGCAGCCAUGAGCUCUGGCCAGCCGCUGCCUCCUGGAUCACAUUCACAGCCUCCUCCUCCUUCUGGUGGACCAGCAUCACAGCAGCAGCAGCAGCACCUGGGCCAGCUGCCUCCGCCCCCUGGAUGGCAGUCCUCUGAAGAUGCUAUGAGAGCGUGGUUGCAUGCGAAGGCUGAAGAGGAGAAGAGAAGACAGGAAGAAGAGCGCACCAACCAAGAGCGUUUCCGCCUCGAGCAGCGAAAGACCGAGUUCGAAAUCCUGCGAGCCUCUUUGCAGGGCGGAAUCCCUCCUCCCAUGGUACCAGUGGUGUUUGCCGGUAUGGGUGGGGCCACCCUCCCUCCUGCUGCUCUGGACUGGGCGCAGCAGUUUGCGCAACAGGUGCACCAGCAACAGCUCUUGCCCGGGCCCGCGUCCCCAAGGCACCGGCGCGAUUCUCACCCACAGGCGUAUGGACACUACCAAGGCUCCGGAGCAGUCCCUUCGACCCCUGGAUCUGGGCAAGGUGUCCAUGGCAGCUUUGUGGGGGGCUAUCCUGCUUCGCCUAGGACCCGUGGGUACACCGUACCUGCGUCGGGCAGCCGUCCUUUGCCUGGAGGAUCUGGCCUGGCUAGCUUGAACACCAGCGUGCUCCCGAGCUCAGGCGGCACGGUGGCAUCACAGUCGCACCCAGGAGCUGGUCCGGCGCAGCAGCAAGAGUCCCAGCAGUCGCCAUCCAUCUAUUUCCACAUGUGGCAACCCCCCUCGAACCAGAACAGCCAGGCCGGCUCCAACCAGCCAUCAACCCCAUCUGUAGGGGAAUCACCACGGAAGCGCAAGGCGGCGGGGCCACAACAAGCUGCGCCAGCACCGAGCACGCAGCAACGCUUCAGAUCCCCACCGUUCUCCCAGAGCACCAGCUCGACGGUCUCGAACCCCCCGCCAGGAAGAAGAAGGGGACACUCGCGCCAGACGAGCGACGGAUCGACAACGUACAGGCGUGGCCGGGCUGAGACCAUUGGUUCCUCCCGUGGCAUGUCGCCUCUGUCCAAUUCGGGCACUGUCGCAGCGGGGCGAGAGACAGCAGGAACACCGGCAGAGCCGUCUUCAUUCACCCACCAACCACCCACGGCGCAGACCCGCAACGUGGCGCACUCGACACAAGAGGCCAGCCAGGCAGGGGAGACUCCCAACAAGUCUCACCACACUUACCAGAAGAACGAUCGCGAGUCGGAGGCGCAGGACCAGCAGCUCCGCGGGAACGAAGGGAUGAAUGAGUAG